AUGCCCAUCAGACGCCGGCUCUUCCACUCCUUGUUCGAGAACUUGCAGACUCAGGCGUUGCGAGUGACUUCGGCCAGCCGACUGGCUAGCCAUCUCCACGCCGCCCGACGUCUCUCGUCUCCAGUUGUCCACAACGUGCCCCUUUCAGCGUCUCUUCUCCUGCAUGUUUCGCCUGGUGGUAGAUCGUUUGCCUUCUGCAUGUGUGGUCUAAUGGCGACUACCCUCAGGGUGAUGGUGGUGGUGGCAUGCGGAGACGUUGGAAACUACAGCAAUGUGAUCUACGGCAUCCGGACAAACCACAACUGGAUGUCGCACGCUUGA